CCGCCUCCGCCGCCUCCGCCGAGAACUCCCCCUCCGAUUCGGCUCAGAUAGAAACUUGGCCAUUGGAGAAGAUGGUGAUUCCAGAGAGUGUUCCUGAUACAUCGUCAACUAAAGUUGUCCACGUCCAAGCCGAGUUGCCUCUGAAAAUUUCAUCUGGAAAAACCUCUUCCAAUUCCAUGAAUGACCCUCUCGGUUCAAGUCAACCUACUUAUCGUAACCACACGGAAGGUGGAAUGGAAUUGGAAAAUACUGAAACUAGAGACUCAGGGAAAUCUUUGAGCAUGGAACUUAUGGCUUCUCUUCAUAGUAGAAGUUCUGGACUGGAAAUUAUUUCUGAGAGGACUUGUAAUCAGGCAAGCACCUCCAGAAAACCUGGUAUUCUAGAGCAGUCCUUAGGAAAUACAGAUAACACCUUUGUCCCAGCUCUGGAAGUUGGUAAUACUACUAACAGAGAUUUUCCGCCUGUUGGAACAUCAUCCUAUAGCAAACUUUCCAGUGAAGGAUCAAGUAGUCAUAGUUUUAACUCAGAUUUGAACUCCGCUGCUUCAAAUUCUUCUUCAACUUUAUGUCCAUUAGGUGAAGAACCUACAAGAGGCACAAACCAUUCUGGUGCAGAUGAUGCCGCAUUGAGGGAGUCACAACAACCGUGUAGUGAAAACAUACUUAAUGUGGAUAUGCCGAGCGUUUCCUCUGAUGUACUACCUAGUGGCUCUGGCAGGACAAGCAGCAGCUUGGAGAGAAGGAAUAGUAGAAGGCUGUUUUGGGAUGCUAUUACCAGAAGCAGUUCCAGAGGCCAUGUUGACUCUAUGGCAUCACUUUUAUCAUCUGAGCAUACUUCUAAUCUAGGAUUUUAUGAUAGAUGGCUUGAACUUGGUCUUGAUCUUUUUGGAGAUGGCGUUGAAGAUGAGUCAAGGUACUCUCGCCGCAGGCGCAAUGGUUCAAGUAGUCUAAGCUGGCAUUCAAGAUCACGGAUAAGGCAACGGCAUCGUCCUGGCUUUGAGAAUACCAGUAUGCCAACUACCUUUUGUGCGACAGGGCUCCACCCAUGUGGCACAUGCUCAUGCAGUUCAUUCUCUAUGGCUGGAGAAUCAGGCACCCCAUCAAGUAUUUCAAGAAUCGUCAUGCUAGCGGAAGCAUUGUUUGAGGUCUUGGACGAAAUUCAUCGCCAGCCUGUGUCACUUUCUCUAUCUAUGGUUUCUCUCCCUGCACCAGAGUCUAUUGUUAAUUCGUUGCCUGCUAAGAGUUACAAAAAGCUUGAUGCAGCUGGAAUUAGCGAUGACAUUGAACAAUGUUAUAUCUGCCUUUCCGAAUAUGAGGAUGGAGAUCAGAUCAGAGUCCUUCCCUGCCACCAUGAAUAUCAUAUGCCAUGCAUUGACAAGUGGCUUAAAGAAAUACACCGGGUGUGCCCUUUGUGUCGCGGGGAUGUAUGUGAGGGGGUAUCCUAGAGUUAUAGAGCUUGUUUCGCCCUGCAAGAGCUUCUGCAGAAGGGUUACUGAGUGAAUCAAUUUCGAAGAAACAGUAAUAGCUUUUCCAUCGGUAUCUUCUCAACUUCCUUCUGCAGCAAAAGCAGAAACUUCAAAUUUGGGGCUGAGAUGCUCGUUUUCAACUUCAUGCAAGAGUACAUGUUGCAGUUUCAAAAUUGUUGUUUGCUAAAUUUUAACUAUUGCUUUUGGAAGCUGAGAAACUAUUCCAGAAGCCAUUCAACCUAGCCCCAGUACUCAAGAGUAUCUCAAGUUGGGUGAAUCGCACUCACAACCCUCAAACCAUAAUGUAGGUGGCAUUUUGACCCUCAAAUUUUAACUUGUCGUAAUUUUUAGCUCAAACUUUUUUUGUUGCAAUCAAGUUUUAUCGUCAAAACUGUUAGUGUUUAGCACGGCCCUGACGUGGUGUCCUAGCCACUGAUGUGCCAUCAAUACACCGUUGCCAUGCGGAAAUGGUAAUGACAUGGCAUUUUAGUUAUUGCUCUUUCAUCACCACAUACCUAGGAGGGGAAAGAAAGGGGAGAAAAUUAUUGCUUUCACCAGGUGCACCAGAGCAUGCGCGUCAUUAGCAAAAUUUUAACCGAGUUUCAAGUCGAAUGUAAUCCGUUGAAUUUGAUCUACCAUGCAGGAAAUGUUUUCAGAUGAAAAUCAUGUUUUAGACAUCUACUUUGACAGUUCUUGCAUUAAAUGAUAAUCCCUUUCACGCCGUUGAUUUUGAGAUUACUAGAGCUUCGUAAUGAUUUUCCAAAACUUACUAGUUUUGAUACAAAGGCCUAUAUAAUUAUGCAACAUCGCAUCCAAUGGAUUAAGACUUCGAUUUGAAGAUCAUCUUGUUUAGAUUUUGCUUGUCGUGCACGGAUGCUCCGCUGUACCUUGUGCAGGCAAUAAUAUCUGCCUCUUCUCCUCUCCCCUUCAUUACUGAUGUGGUGUUGAGUGGUACUAAUUAAAAUGCCAUAUCAUUAGCAUAUAUUAAAGUGGCAAUAAUGUGUCGAUGAUGUGACGGUUAGUAGAAUGUCGUGUCAGCAUUCCGUCAACUUAGUUGGAGUGGGCUUCGACGAUCGAACCUAAUUGCAACAAUUUAAGAAGUUUUAAGUCAGAGAUUACUAUAGAUUAAAGUUUUCAGACUCAAGCAUCAUCUGUCAACUUGGUUGGACCGGGCUUGACGAUCGAACCUAAUUGCAAUGAUUUAAGAAGUUUUAAGUCAGAAAUUAUUAUAAAUUAAAGUUUUCAGACUCAAGUGUCAUCUGCUGUUUAGUUUUAAGAACUAGGGUUGCAAUGUAGCCUUUCAAAUUGCGUAAGUGGUUUCUUCUUGUGCUUGGAAUCCAUAAUCUGCAUUGUGUGUGUAGUGACAGAUCAAAAUACUACCUAGUAACCGAAACGAUUGACUUGUGUUAUCUUUGUUUCCCAUGUAAAAUAUUACAGUAUGUAUAUUGUUUGUGGUUUUGAAUGUAAAACCUAAUUUCUUUA